AUGUGUUCUAUAAUUAAUUCAAUAAAAGUGCUGAUCUUUUAUUUAAUAUUGGCAAUCAGUGCUUUUUUUGGUCUCGUUUUUGCUCAAACACCUGCUGUACCAUUUAUAUUUUUGAAUCGGCGUCUAUAUUUUCGAUGGUGUUCGUUUGCUAUGGGCUACUAUCUUUUAAUGGCGACUUGCCUUCUUGAAGAUUUACUUGGAAUAAAGAUUGUUAUUACCGGUGAUGAUUUAACCAAAGAUAAUAAACGUUCCUUAAUUGUAUUGAAUCAUCGUACAAGACUUGAUUGGAUGUUUAUCUUCAUGUUACAUAGUCGUUUUCAAACAUUGAAACAACUUAAAAUUGUUCUUAAAGCUGAUCUUAAAAGAAUUCCUGGCCCUGGAUGGGCUAUGCAACAUGCCGGCUAUCUAUUUCUUGAUCGUAUAUGGGAAAAGGAUCAAGAAACAAUGAAAAAUAUUAGUGGCUAUUACAAAUCAUGUCAAUCGCCUCUUUCUAUAUUAAUUUUUCCUGAAGGAACAAAUUUAACAGAACAAACUAAAAUAAAAAGUAAUGAAUAUGCUGCCAAACAAACAAGUUUCAAUGGAUCUUAUGAGUAUUGUCUUCAUCCACGUCUUAAUGGAUUUAAAUUUUUAUUAAAUUCAAUGCGAUCAAAUGAAAUUCUUGAUGCAAUUGAUGAUGUUACUAUUGGCUAUGAAGGAGCUAUUCCAGAAGCAGAAAUUGAUUUAUUAAAAGGUCAUAUACCAAGUAUAAUUCAUUUUCAUGUGAAACGUUAUGAACUAGAUACGUUACCUCAAACCGAUGAAGGAAUUGGAGAAUGGCUUCAAAGUCGCUGGGAACAGAAAGAAAAACAUUUAAAAGAAUUUUAUAAUAAAAAUCAAUUUGAUUCAUCGUCAAAACAUUGUAAUGAUGCUCAUACUGAGUCAAAUAUUAGUUUUCAACGUCGUUUAGCAUUUAUAUUGUGGUCUUUAUUUAUUUUAUUUUGGUCAUAUUGUAUUCUCGCAUAUGUUAAAAUCAAAUUUUUUGUCUUCUUAGUAUGUAUAUUUCAUGCAAUCAUGGAUUCGUUUGCAAAUGGUGUAAUUGAUUUUGUUUGUCAACUUGACGCUAAUUAUCGAGAAUUGAACUCAAUACGAACAAGACCAGCUAUCAAACAAGACUAA